AUGGCUUGUAUGAAAAAAUUGAAGGAAGAUAUUAUCCAUAUUAAAAAUUUAUUUCCACUUAGUCAUACUUGUAUUAGUGUUACCGAUGCAACUUUAGAUUUGGUACAAAUUAAUUUUCAUUUUCCUGGUGAAGCAACUUUUGAUGUUCAAUGUAAUAUUCUUGAAAAUUACCCAAAAACACCUUCUAUUUGGUGUACUGAACAUGAAGAUCAAAUUGUUUUUUCAAUUUUAGCUCAAUUAUCUGAAGCUACUAAUAAUUUUACAUUACUUCCACAAAUUAAUCAUUUAAUUACACAAUAUUGUGUGUUAAAAAAUUUAGAAGCACCUCUUGAACUUUCUCAGUUAAUAUCUCCACCUGUUUCUUUUGAAGAAAGUGAUGAAGGACAGGGAAGUGAACUUAGUGUUGAAGAGGGAGCUAUAAGUGAUUCAGAUAUGGAAGAAGGGGUAGAUGAUGAUGAUGAGGAUGAGGACGAAGAUGCUGAUGAUGAAGAUGAUUUUGGAAUGUUUGAUGAAAUGGAGUAUGAUGAUACAGAAGAACCAUCGUCAUCUGUGGAAAAUGAUGCAAAUGAUAUGAAUGAAAAGGACAAAGAAACUUUGGUUAAAUUAAAAGUUAAAGCAAGGGAAGAUCGUAUUCGAAAUGUGCCAAUGAUUGGUAGUACAACAGCUACUGAUAGGAUAAUGAAAGAAUUAAAAGAUGUUUAUAAAUGUAAUAGCUACAAAAAUGGUAUUUUUUCUAUUGAAUUAGAGGAUGAAAAUAUUUAUAAAUGGAAGAUUAUUCUUAGAUGUGUUGAUAAUGAAUCUCCAUUGUAUGAUGAUUUAAAAAAAUUAAAAGAAACAAGAGGAGAAGAAGGUAUUGUUCUUAAAGUAACAUUUAAGGAUGACUAUCCAAUGAGUCCUCCAUUUAUUUAUGUUCAUACUCCACAAAUAAACGGUGGAUAUGUUUUGGGAGGUGGUGCUAUAUGUAUGGAACUUUUAACUACUCAAGGAUGGUCAUCAGCUUAUAAUAUGGAAUCGGUUAUUCUUCAAAUUGCAGCAACAUUCGUCAAAGGUAAAGCUAGGAUAAACUUUGCUAAUCUUUCUCCCUAUAAUCAUGCAAAAGCAAAAGCUUACCAUGAACAUUUAUCGAGAUUUCAUAAAAAUACUGGAUGGUAUACACCACCAAAAGCUGAUGGAUAA